AUGUCAGAUCCAACUGAUCAAACAACAACAACCACAACAACCAGUAAUGCAGCAGCACCUAUUGAUACAACAACCACAACAAAUGAUCUUACAAUGAACGAUCUCGAAAGCAAUAAUGAUAAUGAUUCAAUCCCAUCAACUUCUACUUUGUUUCCUGAUAUCGUCCCUCCCGUCACACACCCAGACUCACUCCCGUCGGAUGUAUUCCAAGCAACCCUGAUCGCAUCCAAGACUCCGAUCUCUUCCUCUAACGUACCUGGUCAACUAGAGAACAAACACCUACUAUCUAACGAAUCUAUCAUAAAUGAAUAUAUACAGCACUUAUCAGAAAUGAAAUUAUUUAUUAAUAACAGUAUCAGUAACUUACAAUCCAAACUUAAAAAACCAGUAACCACUCUAAUAGUUGGCUGA